CCUCUCGCCGUUGACCAUCUGCAGCCGCAGCCAUGUCUAAUAGCAUGCUCCUGGCCGUCGUCACCCUCGCGCUGCUCGCGUCCCUCGCCGUCAGGCAAUUCUUCGAUCGACGGCGGAGACAGGGCCUCCCUCUCCCCCCCGGCCCGCGACCGCUCCCCUUUAUCGGCAACGUGCUCGACCUGCCCACCAAGUCCCCCUGGGUGACCUAUGCUCAGUGGGGAAAGACAUACGGCGGCAUUAUAUCGGUCAACGCGCUCGGGCAGCCCAUCGUCAUCCUCAACUCCGCCAAAAUCGCCCGGGACCUUCUCGAGAAGCGCGGCGCGCUCUACUCCGACCGCCCGCUCAUCCCGAUGCUUGAUCUCAUGGGCUUCGAUGUGUUCAACUUGACGAUGCGAAGGUACUCGGAGGAAUGGCGCGUCGGGCGCCGCAUCGCAGACCACUGUCUGCGACUGAGCGCGGUGGCCACCUACCUACCGAUGCAGAAGGCAAAGUCGGAUCGCCUCCUGCGUCAACUCCUGCGUCAGCCCGAAGACUUCGUCGAGCACAUCCGGCACUAUACCGCGGCGAUUGCUAUGUCCCUGGCAUACGGCUACGAGAUCGCAGAGGCGAACGACAGGUACGUGGCCAUCGCGGAGGACGCCAUCUCCAAGGCGGUCGCGUCCGUCCUGCCCGGCGCGCGCCUCGUCAACGUCGUCCCCGCGCUGCGCCACCUCCCCGCGUGGCUCCCCGGCAUGGGCUUCAAGCGCUACGCGCGGGAGGUCGCGCGGCUCACGGACGACAUGGUGAACCUCCCGUUCGCGUUCGUGAAGGAGGAGAUGCGGAAUGGGACGGCUAGGCCGUCGCUUGCGCGCGAGAGUCUGGAGGCGUAUCAAGGGGACGGUCCCUCGGAAGACGAAGAAAACAUGAUUAAAUAUGUCGCGGCGACGAUAUACGCAGCUGGCGCCGACACCACCGUGUCCGUGCUCUCCACGUUCUUCCUCGUCCUCACCCUCUUCCCCGAAACGCAGCGGCGCGCGCAGGCCGAGCUCGACGCUGUCGUCGGCCCAGACCGGCUGCCCGAGUACGCGGAUCGGGACCAGCUCCCGUACGUCGACGCGCUGUGCAUGGAGCUCAUGCGGUGGAAGCUCGUCACCCCGUUCGCGAUCGUGCACCAGUCGACGGAGGACGACGUGUACGACGGGUACUUCAUCCCCAAGGGCACGAUGGUCAUGCCGAACACGUGGGCGAUGCUGCACGACCCCGAGGCGUACCCGGACCCGGAGGCGUUCAGGCCCGAGCGGUUCUUGACCGCGUCGGGCGCGGUGCGCGAGGACCCGCUGCUGGUAUCGGCGUUUGGGUACGGCAGGAGGUUGUGCCCGGGGCGCCACGUCGCGGACACGAUGAUGUGGAUCGUCGUCGCGUCGGUGCUGGCUGCGUUUAGCGUCAGCAGGGCGAAGGACGCCGCGGGGCGCGAAAUUGCGGUCGGGUGCGAGUACACGGACUCGCUCGUUAGCCAUCCGCUGCCGUUCAGGUGCGCGAUCGCGCCGCGCGACCAGAGAGCGGAGGAGCUGGUGCGCGCGACGGAGCUGUGAUAGGCUGUGAUUUGUUGAUUGUGUUGUGGUGCGGUUGUAGAGAGGAACGGUGCCCGGUGUCGAUAUUGUACGACGACGCGAGGGGGAGGUGGGUCCGUUCGUGCUUCGAGCGGUGUAUGUGCGUUAGUGUUGGUGGAGAGGAUGCCCCCGGGCGUGCGCUUGUGCGGCGUGUCUCGCGGCUUGUUGGAUUGAAUGUCUCGCCGCGCGAUCGCGCACUUGUGGGGCUGUUGUUUCUUUCACGAGGGCGAUGGUGCCGAGGACCUGUGGUGUAGCAUUUACAUGUCGAGUUCACUGACCUGAUUCGAUCGCGAGGUUUUUUCG